UAUAAUCAUUCUAAUAUAGCACUCCGUAAAUUGCCUGUUCCAAAAGCAACAAAUGAAGCUCUUGGAGGUUCCUCAAUUCCAUCAGUUUUGGUAACUGUUGAACAAUUUUGGAACGACAAAUAUUGGCAGAAAUUAAAACCUUAUGAUUUACAGUUAUUUUAUGUUUUUCCUGUUACUCAGAGGGAUUUUUGUGAAAAUGGAGAUAUUAUUAUACCCAAUACACACGAUUUAAUUUGGAUGAAUCAGGGGAAGGCAUCAACAUCCGGUAUGCCUAUGCUUUGCAAAUCACAUUUAGAGAUACAAAUGGAAGAUGAUCCAGAGGAUUUGGUAUAUGAAGAGAGAAUGACUGACACUCCAAAUGCUAAUUAUUAUCAUGAUGGUAACCUAGAUUUGAGAAUGCCCCAAGAAGUACAAUUUGAGAGGAAUGUUUUUGCUGGGGCAGAGAGGGUGAGGUUUUUCUAUGAGGUUACUGUGGUACGUGAAAAUCAACUCAAGGCGGGCGCUGGAAAACCGAAGUUUGAACAGCGUAGAACCCUCGUUAAAUCAGACGCGUUAGAUUAUGAACUUCAUCCAGAAAUUUAUGGAACUGGAAUGGAAGAUUACCAACGGAGCCAAUCAAAUAAAAAUGAGAGUAGCGAACAAUUAAAGAAAGGGAAAGAUAAAUUAACUGAAAAAGACAAAGACAAGUAUGAAAUGCAUACACCUAUUGUACGCCCUAUAAAAACAAAGGGGAGAGAAAAAAGUUUUAAUGAAAAGACAAAAAGUACAAGUUCGAAAAUGAAGGAAACAUCCCCCCAAACGUCUACCAAUGAAGAAAAUAAUGAGAGAGAGGCAACCACCUUGGUCCCCAUUCCAUCACUAAAAAUAGAAUCCGGAAAGCUUGAAACUGUUCAACAGCCUCAAUCCUCCCCCUUACAACCAGCUUUAACGUCAAAUUCCCCUCAGACUCAAAUGUCGUCAACAUCAACAUUUACUACAGAAAACGACAAAGUUUUUACUGAAACAGACACUAAAGACUUGAAUGAAGCAGAGAAAAAGAAAAUUGAGAAAGAGGGAAAAGAUGAGGAUUGGUUACUUUUCCGGAAUGUUUUGCUAGCCUUUCUCGCGUUGUUGUUUAUUGUUGUUCUUCUCGGACUUUUCUACACCCGUUCGUUGUGCUGUUUUUCCGGAAGUAAGAGAAGGGAAAAUACAAACGGGCAACAUCAGCAGAUGAAUGGCGGUGGGAAAACGAAAAUACAAAACGGAAAAGAAUACAAAGAAGCAUGCAAUAAUUAUACGUAG